AUGGAGACACCCAGGCAGAGCCUCUCUGACGUAGCUGCAAUAGUCUCUAACCUUUCCAAGACCACACACAGUUUUAUGGCUGAAACUUGGUCCUCCAUUCAAAACUUGGAGAUACAGAUUAGCCAGUUGAGCAAGAGGAUCCCAGAGAUCCCAUCCAAUACUCUUUCAAGCAACACAAAGGUAAACCCAAAGGAAGAGUGCAAGGCCCUCAUGGUGGAGGUUGUGACCGAACCCAAAGAGGAGCCUGCUAUUGAGGAGCUCAAGGAAAUCAGAGCUCAUGAGGAGACUAAUAAUGUUACCUUGCAUGCCCCUUUGUUGAGAGAGGAACCUGAAGAAUACACUUCUUCAAAAGAGUCUGAGGAGUCCAAGGAAGAGCAAAUUGAUCGGUACUUGGCAAUACUUAAGAGGCUGAAGGCAAAUUCUUCUCAUAGAGAGGUGUUAGAAGAGGAAGAUAAGGCUGUGAUACUGGCCAAGGAAUGCGGUACAUUGGUCCAGAAGAAGCUCCCUCAAAAGCUACCGGAUCCCGGAAGCUUCCUGAUUCCUUGUACUAUAGGGACCAUCACCUUUGAGAAGGCACUAUGUGACCUUGGCUCAAGCAUCAAUCUGAUGCCUCUAUUUGUAAUAAAGAGGCUAGGAAUUCUAGAGGUGCAGCGUGCCAAGAUCUCAUUAGAGAUGGCAGACAAGUCCCUGAAAAGGGUAUAUGGCAUGGUGGAAAAUGUCCUAGUGAAGGUUGAAGACCUUUACAUCCCUGCUGAUUUUUAA